GCCAAUCAUCAACAAUACGACCCAGCCCUCUCUGGUCUUCUCUUCACUUUUACCCUAAUACCCCUAGGCUUGCACUAAAAUACAAACCGUAGAUGCCACUAGUAUUGAAGCUUUGCCUAAUUGUUAGAAUAGAAUAUGUCGUUCAGGUAGAUCUAGAUCUAGAUAUCUAGUUUUUGUCAGCAAAAAUGGCUGCUUCAGGAUCCAACGAUCUUGAACAAUUUCGCCAGCAAUGGAAAAAAGAAUUGGGACAACAAAAGACGAAGAGUGGUGGUGGUGAUACUGACAGUGAUGGCCUCAGCGCAGACAACAACAGCGGGCAGUUUUAUCAGUUUGAACUUGGUAAUGAUAAGCCACAAAAUCUUGAAUUUAAAACAAAUGCCUUUCCUUCAUUACCAAGUCAAAAUCAGAGUGGGCACAUUGACGGAGAUUCCAGUCCUGAUGCAUCGUGUGACGGUUUCAAUUUCAAUUCUCAGAGUGCAGCUAACAAUAACAGCACCUCUGCUGGUGCUGAUGCUCACGAGUAUUAUCCAUUCCAAAUCUUAACAAAGUUUCUUAAUGAAGCUCCCAAAAGGAAGAAAAGUGAUCCUCAAAGAGCAAAAGGGGUGAAAGUCAGGCCUAAUUUAACAUAUUGCAAAAGGAAAUAUUUUGUGACAGAUUCUCCAAAGCCUAAUAAGGCGGGACACCAGCCUGAGAAAAAGACUAAGCUGACGAGGAAAGAUAAUGAUGCAGAGAAGAAUCAGCAGUCAACGUCUGAGAAACGAUUAUUGGACAUUUUCAUUGCAGACUUGGAUGAGAUAAAUGAGAUACCAUUUUUUGACACCACAGUACCUCGGGAAGUGGCUAUAAAAAUCUUCCAACAUCUUGACAUGCAGUCCCUCUGUAUGUGUUCACAGGUUAGUCGCAGUUGGCACAGCCUUGCAAAUGAUGAACUGCUAUGGUGUCAGAUCUGCCACACACUGGGAUAUGACACAGACACACAUGUCAGCCAGGGAGAGGGCUGGAAGGAUACUGUGCGGCGGCAUCAAGAGCAAAAGCGUCUACUGAUUGCUAAUUGGAAGGCUCGUGUUGGAAAACCUUACAACUUAAACUUUGCCCGGGGCGGAGUUUUGUGUGCUGCCUCCUCCAUGGGGUCCAAGAUUGUUGCUGGGUACACGAGUUGUAACAUCCGGAGCUGGGACGCUGAAACCGGUGACAUCUGCACUCUGACCGCUAGCAACACGGCACUGGUCAUUGAUGAGGCUGCGGAAGACCUGGGCCGUAUCCGUAAUGAGGUCACACAGCUGUCAGUCACACCGUCUAUCACAACCGCCUCUUUCAGGCAUGGUUUUGUGGAUGUUUGGCACAACGAGGAGGGGACAGAACCCAUCCACACCUUGUCUUUCCGCAAUCCGGUGGUUUCCAGUGUCUGUGCAUGUGACGUGGGACCCUCCCAGUCCUUUGUCGCUGCUACUCAAGCCACACGAGUUCAAAUCUCGCGAGUCAACCGUCAAGAGGGAGUGAUAGUACGAGAUUUUGAUGUGAAAAAAGCGGUUGAGAAAGUGCUAUGGUAUGAGAGUUCUCCCUCAACCAGCCUCCCUCAACUACUUCUGUGUUGUCACAGUUCGGUGUUUUUGAAACCCAUGGAAGAAAACAGUGUCUCUUCAUCCCAGGCAGCAGUGGAUGUGAAGGAGAACAGCAUGACUGAGGUUCACAACAUAAUCUGGGCCCCCAUCUCAAACGUUAACUGUCGGAGCAGUGCACAAGAAAUUGCAGUCGGAUACACGCAUGCGGAGCCAGCCUCCAAAGUCAAGGUGAAUCUGUACGACGUGCCGACCAAUCAGCAGAAAGCGUCCCUGAGUGGUCACACCUGGGUCAUCAGCUGUAUGGAUUUGCCAGAAGCUCUGAGCUCACAAGUUGUCACCGGCAGUGGAGACAGAAAAAUCAGGUUGUAUGACCUUCGGGCUGGCCAUUCUCCGACGUUCACCCUGUUGGGACACAUUGCUAAAGUGACCUGUGUCCAGAUGGAUGAGUGGAAAAUCGUGUCGGGAGACGAGGGCGGUUUUGUCCACGUGUGGGACCAGAGGAUGUCGAAAAAGCUCUGGGAUGUCCACAACAGACAUCCUGUGCAGUAUUGCCACUUUGAGGACCGACUGCUCAUCAUAGGAAAUGUGCCUUAUCAGAAGUUUCCAGAGGAAGACGAGUUUGAGACGGUUUCUUCCCUCAGGUACAGAGGAACAGUCCAGGUGUACGACUUCCUGGCAAAUCAGCUACGGCAAGGAAUUCCAGACGUCUGUUUGUCAACAUAUGCAGAACCAGAAGCCUCUGAUUACAAUAUUGGACUUGCUAUGCCAUACGAUGCUUUGUGAUAGACAAUGAAAUUUUAAUUUAUCAUCAUUUGAAAGAUCAAUAUUGUAAUUAUAUGUUUUAGCAACACAUAUAUCCAGUUUUCAUUCAUGGCCUGAAUGUAGGUCAUUGCUGGCAGGUCAAUUUUUGGCCUUUGUAGGAAUCUGGGCGACUUACUUUUUCAAACUUACAUUCACUGGUCAGCUCGCCAAUUAUGACAGAAGGUGGACAGGUCGUUGUCAAAAGAAUAAGUUAGAAGUACACGAAGAUUGGGUAAAGAGAAAGGAGAUGAAGAUUUCGGACACAGCAACAACAGACAAGUUUGCUUGGUGUGGUCAUUCAAAAUGUCUGAGACUGGAGAGGCGAUAGCGGAAGAGGCAACCAAAAAAAAAAGAAAGAAAGUAGCUUGGUGUUCAGGAGAGGUCGAGUUCUAAUCAAAAAUGUUGAGAAAAUUACAGUACCUCACAAGUGACAGAGCAGUGAGUGAGAAAAAGAGAAGUCAGAUUCUGGAGGAAUAGCAGAGGAAGGGUUGUCCAAGGAGCAGUGAACGGAAAGAAACAGAAAAAAAAUCCUUUUUUUUACCUGUGCAGCCCAUGCCUUAUUAUAUAAGAGGUUUUCAUAACCAAUGUGAUGACGUCUGUCAAAGAGUUGGCAGAGUUCUUUCUUCACAUGUUGAAAUUAACCCUUUUGUAACUGAGGGACACAUCUGACCUUUCUGGACCAGAUCGGAACUAUUGUGGACUCAGAAAUUAAUGAGAAGGAUUUUGUUUGGAACAUGGGAUCAAAAGGAAGUAGGCCUAUUUUAGACAAUGGUUUCAUCUUCUCAUCCUGUGAAAUUUUUAGAAGUAUAUCAUUUUGAAAUGAAAAUUGGAAGGGCAUAUGCUGAUUCCUUUUGUGAUGCUAUAAGUUUUACAUUUCUCAAAUUCCCUGCAACUUCUCCUGAGAAAAAACAAUCAGCAGUUCCAUGAAGGGCAAGGACAUGGAAGACAUCACUGUGGCUAUUUGUGAUUAACUCUGGUUUACUGUCCGCUCUUGAAGCUCAGUUGGGUUACUUCCUUGAAAGUGGCUUGUAUUUACAAGCAGCAGAAACUUCGAAACUCACUAGUAUAAAUUUUAUGUGACAGGCAUUUUGGGCACCUGGAUGCAAGUCACAGAAAAAUUCAACACUGUUCUUUCCAUCACCACUCCUCAGUAAUCCUUCUCAAAUAGAUAAAGAGACUGUGGGUGGUAGGACACUCUGCCACGUAAUAGACUAGAUGAGCUGUGGAAUGUGGUAAAGAAAGAAAGAGGCCAGAUGAGAAAGAAGCAUCAGGGAAAGGAUAGGAUGUACUUGUUUAUUGUUUUUUUUAGUUGAGAGUUUUAUGGCACUUGUAACACAAUAAGGUCAUAUAAAUGCCAAAGUACCAUAGUUGUUAAAUGUUGAAAUAUUAUUACAGGUUACAAAAAAUGUAUUGGCUACGCAGCGUGCUUUGUGUGUUGACUUGUGAAAUGUAUAUUUUUUAUGUUACUUGAAGUAUGAGCUCAGUAUUUGUAGCAUUAUUAAACGACUAUUUUUCAGGCAUGUAUUUGUAUACUUUUAAAUCCUGUGAAGAAAUGUAUGGGAUUCAGAGAUGAAAGAUAAUGAAAACUCCUAACAUGAAUAGGAAAACAGUUGUUGUAGAACCAACACAAACCACACAGCAGUCAAAUGACUUUCCACUAUGAAACCAGUAGAACCAGCAGGCCACAAGAAAAACUACAGUCAAGCACGCACAUAGUGAAAAGCACACAUAGCAGAUUUUCAGGACCUGAAUUUUUGUUGCACAUGGAUAGUUCCUAUGUUUCAAAACACUUAUAUUUUACACAUAACGAAAUGAUUUCUACACCUUGUGAUUUCGCUAUGUUUGUGCUUGACUGUCAUGUGUAUUCUACAAAAACCUGUACAGUUGGGAGCGUUAUUCUAUGAAUAAAGAUAACAAAAGUG